AAGUCACCCAAACAAGCUAAGUGUGCUAAUCAUUGCUUUACCAAUUACCACCCUCAAAGAUUGCAUUUAAGAAGGUGCUAGCUAACCCAAUUAUUCUAACAUUUUACAAAUUAACAUCAACUUGUAGUACAACUACCAUAGUCCCUAUUAGUAUAAAGUCCUCUUUCUUAGAGAUACCACUAUUCUUUAUAACUCUCCUCAUGUAUCAAAACUAGCUAGCUUAUUUGAUAAUCCAUUUCUUUUUUAGAAUUGUGACUUUGUGAGUGAGCUUAUAUUAGCAUUGGCAUGGCUUCUGAGAAGGUGGAGACCGUAGUAGCUGGGAAUUACGUUGAAAUGGAGAGGGAGGAAGCCGAUCAUUCGUCGUCGUCUUCCGUUAAAACCAAACUUUCUAAUUUAUUCUGGCAUGGGGGUUCUGUUUAUGAUGCUUGGUUCAGCUGUGCUUCUAACCAGGUUGCACAAGUGCUAUUGACACUACCAUACUCGUUUUCACAACUGGGAAUGCUAUCUGGAAUACUAUUCCAACUCUUCUACGGCUUGAUGGGCAGCUGGACUGCUUACCUUAUCAGUCUACUUUAUGUUGAGUACAGAACCAGGAAAGAGCGAGAAAAAGUUGAUUUUAGGAACCAUGUUAUUCAGUGGUUUGAAGUACUUGACGGAUUACUCGGGAAACACUGGAGAAAUAUUGGUCUUUUUUUCAAUUGCACUUUCCUUCUCUUUGGAUCUGUCAUUCAGCUUAUUGCUUGUGCCAGCAAUAUAUACUACAUAAAUGACAGCCUAGACAAAAGAACAUGGACAUACAUAUUUGGUGCCUGCUGUGCAACGACAGUGUUCAUACCUUCAUUCCAUAAUUACAGAAUAUGGUCGUUUCUAGGCCUUAUCAUGACUUCUUACACUGCCUGGUAUCUCACAAUUGCCUCCCUUGUCCAUGGACAGGUUGAGGGAGUAAAGCACAGUGGGCCAGCCAAGUUGGUUUUGUACUUCACGGGUGCUACCAACAUUCUAUAUACUUUUGGUGGCCAUGCUGUCACUGUGGAGAUAAUGCACGCGAUGUGGAAGCCACAGAAGUUCAAGAUGAUAUACUUGUUGGCAACACUAUAUGUGCUAACACUCACCCUGCCAUCAGCAAGUGCGGUGUAUUGGGCAUAUGGAGACAUGCUUCUAGAUCAUUCCAAUGCCUUAUCUUUGCUUCCUAGGACUGCUUUUAGGGACACUGCUAUUAUCCUCAUGUUGAUUCAUCAGUUCAUAACAUUCGGAUUUGCUUGCACUCCUCUAUACUUUGUGUGGGAAAAAUUCAUAGGCAUUCAUGAAACAAAGAGCAUCAUGAAGCGCUCUAUUGCACGCCUUCCGGUGGUUAUUCCAAUAUGGUUCCUAGCCAUCAUUUUCCCAUUCUUUGGACCCAUUAAUUCCGCAGUUGGUUCACUUCUGGUUAGCUUCACUGUUUACAUUAUUCCAGCCAUGGCUCACAUGAUCACUUUUGCCUCUCCAUCCGCUCGUGAGAAUGCCGUGGAGAGACCACCAUCAUUCGUAGGAGGUUGGGCCGGAAUGUACAGCAUGAACAUAUUUUUGGUGGUGUGGGUGUUUGUGGUAGGGUUUGGCCUGGGUGGGUGGGCCAGUAUGAUGAAUUUCAUACAGCAAGUGAACACAUUUGGGCUUUUUGCUAAGUGCUAUCAGUGCCCUCCUCAUAAGGCCAAGGCUUAAAUUUGUAUUUUGCUUUUUUUUUUUUAAAUAUAGCUUUUCUUCGUCUAGAGAUUAUACGUAAUACAUAAAGUGUGUAAAGAUUGGCUUUUCAUUUUUCUUUUCCAUUUAAUCCUUUUAUCUAUAAUUUAUGAGGGUUUUAUUUUUUUUCCUUUGUUUAACUUUUCUUUGUAAUUUUGUGAGUUGGUUACGGUAGUAAGAUAUGUAAACUUUGGUGUCUUUAAAAUUUUAUGAUCUCUUUUGACAUUGAUUAACGUA